GUUGACCUUGAGGAUACAUGGAACAAAAUACAUAAUUAUUUAUCACUUUCUGAGCGUCGUCAAACUUUAAAGUACUCCGUCUCAGGAUUUACGGCUCCAAUAAGGAUAUGGAUAUAUGAGAUGAUUCUGGCUGUUCGUGCAUGUGGAUUUGUAUUGAGAAAAAAAUAAAGACUUGCCUCGGAUGAAACGAUGGAGUGGAACAAAAAAAUUGAAAUGGGUUGACGUGAACAAGAUUUGGUCAAAGAUACAGGAGGGGCAACCACCAAGACAAAACAUGUUACCGGGUGAUGGUGAGAUGACAUCUUGUUAUUAUAUGUCAUUUCAAGAGUAUGUAUAUGGUGAAGGGAAAGCAGUUCCAUCCCCAGUACGGGACCAUUUUAGGAGACAAAACGAAUAUUCGUCUAGUAUGUCGUCCAGUGGUCGCUCUCAUGGUAGAGGUCAGGGCAGUGGGAAACACAACCUAGACGAGGUGUUGAAAUGGCUACAUGCACUGGAGCAGCAUGUGUUUAUGAACCGACAACCUACAGAGGUUUUUGUUGAAGAAGUGAAUACUGAACAAUUUUUGAACGACAUUACUUUUGAUGAUCUGAUAGUGUCACAAAGAAAAUAUGAUGAACAGAGCACUAUCAUCGGUAUUGAAAAUGAGUACUUACAGCGAAAGAAGCUUUUCUCAACUACCAAUUUUCUUGCAUAA